AUGUCUUCGUUUCGUGCUGCUGGACUGGUUGCACGGCAGUUGUCCAAAAGAAAUCCAUGUGUAUUUAAACAACUUGGAUGCCGAUGGCUAUCCACUUCAUCUACCUUAAAAGCUGGAGCCCCAGAAUUCUCCAGUAUUUUAGAGGAACGCAUUUUAGGACAAACAUUACAAACAAACUUGGAGGAAACUGGACGUGUCCUGAGUAUCGGUGAUGGGAUCGCACGUGUCUAUGGUCUGAAAAAUAUACAAGCGGAAGAGAUGGUGGAAUUCUCGUCUGGAUUAAAGGGUAUGGCUCUAAAUUUGGAGCCUGACAAUGUUGGUGUUGUCGUUUUCGGGAAUGACAAGCUAAUCCGUGAAGGAGAUAUUGUUAAGCGGGCAGGGGCCAUUGUUGACGUGCCUGUCGGAGUAGAGCUACUUGGUCGGGUAGUUGAUGCCUUAGGUAAUCCAAUCGAUGGAGCAGGUGCUAUCAAUACGAAAACAAGACAGCGUGUUGGAGUUAAAGCUCCAGGUAUCAUACCACGUAUUUCUGUUCGUGAACCGAUGCAAACUGGAAUUAAGGCUGUUGAUAGUCUCGUUCCCAUUGGCCGUGGUCAGCGUGAACUAAUCAUCGGAGACCGUCAGACAGGUAAAACGGCUAUUGCAGUCGAUACUAUUAUUAAUCAAAAGCGUUUCAACGACGCAGCUGAUGAAAAGAAGAAGUUGUACUGUAUCUAUGUUGCCAUCGGACAAAAACGUUCAACAGUUGCGCAACUAGUCAAACGUUUGACGGAUGCAGAUGCUAUCAAAUACACAAUCAUUGUGUCCGCAACAGCAUCUGAUGCAGCUCCGCUUCAGUACUUGGCUCCAUACGCAGGGUGUGCGAUGGGAGAAUAUUUUCGUGAUAAUGGAAAGCAUGCAUUAAUAAUUUAUGAUGAUCUAUCUAAACAGGCUGUUGCCUAUCGACAAAUGUCACUUCUGUUACGAAGACCUCCGGGGAGAGAAGCUUAUCCUGGUGAUGUGUUUUACCUGCACUCUCGAUUACUGGAAAGAGCUGCUAAGAUGAAUGAUUCCUAUGGAGGCGGUUCACUAACAGCCCUUCCAGUCAUUGAGACUCAGGCUGGUGAUGUAUCUGCAUACAUUCCAACGAACGUUAUCUCUAUAACUGAUGGGCAGAUUUUCUUGGAGACUGAGUUAUUCCAUAAAAGUAUAAGACCUGCUAUCAAUGUUGGUCUUUCUGUUAGUCGUGUUGGGUCUGCUGCACAAACUAAAGCUAUGAAACAAGUUGCUGGUCGCAUGAAACUAGAGUUAGCUCAAUAUCGAGAAGUAGCUGCUUUUGCUCAAUUUGGUUCUGACUUGGAUGCAUCUACUCAAUCCUUGCUAAACCGGGGUGUUCGUUUAACGGAACUCUUGAAACAAAAUCAAUAUGCUCCAAUGGCAAUUGAACAACAGGUUGUUGUAAUAUACGCUGGUGUUAGGGGACAUUUGGAUAAGUUGGACCCAUCAAAGAUUAUCCACUUUGAGAAAGAUUUUCUUAAGUUUGUCCUAGCAAAUCAUCAAGAUCUCCUAAAGACCAUUCGUGAAGAUGGAGAAUUAAAGCCAGCAACUGAUGAAAAACUGAAAAAGAUUGUAGUCGAUUUCUUGGCUGGGUAUCAAGUGUCUCCAUAG